GAGUGAGAUCUUUUCUCAAAAAACAAAAACAAAAAUCACAGCAACGUGAAGGUUAAGGCUAAGUUUUCAAACAUCAGAAUCCUGACAGCUGUUGCAACGGCUUUCCAGGAGACGUGGUGUGUGGCCAGCUCCUCGAGGGCUGUGUGGACAACUUUUUGUGCAUUUUCCUGUUGACCCACAGGGUCAAAGGGAGAAAGGUAGCAGUUGUUCAACACUUGACACGUGCUUGAACACUUCGUGACUGCAAUCCUUCGCCAUGCAGUGGCACCAUCUCCCCUUUUUAGAUGAAGAAACCAAGGCACCAACAUAAAAAGUAACUUGCUCAAGGCAACAUAGGAAGUUAUAAAACCAAUCAACACAUACGGAAUGUGCCUAUCUGCUAGGCUGAUUUAAUAUCUCAUUUGACCUUCCAGAUACCCAUCUGAUGUAGGUACCACUCCCAGCUCCAAUUGUGGGAUUCAGAGUGGAGAAAUAACUUGUUCAAAGUCGCACUUGGGCUCUGGAGGCCACGGGCAUGAUGCUUCGGGUCCUGGUGGGGGCUGUUCUCCCUGCCAUGCUGCUGGCUGCCCCACCGCCCAUCAACAAGCUGGCACUGUUCCCGGACAAGAGUGCCUGGUGCGAAGCCAAGAACAUCACCCAGAUCGUGGGACACAGUGGCUGUGAGGCCAAGUCCAUCCAGAACAGGGCGUGCCUAGGACAGUGCUUCAGCUACAGCGUCCCCAACACCUUCCCACAGUCCACAGAGUCCCUGGUUCACUGUGACUCCUGCAUGCCAGCCCAGUCCAUGUGGGAGAUUGUGACGCUGGAGUGCCCGGGCCACGAGGAGGUGCCCAGGGUGGACAAGCUGGUGGAGAAGAUCCUGCACUGUAGCUGCCAGGCCUGCGGCAAAGAGCCCAGUCACGAGGGGCUGAGUGUCUAUGUGCAGGGCGAGGACGGGCUAGGCUCCCAGCCCGUUGCCCACCCUCACCCCCAUCCCCACCCCCAUCCUGGCGGGCAGACCCCUGAGCCCGAGGACCCCCCUGGGGCUCCCCACACGGAGGAAGAGGGGGCUGAGGACUGAGGCCCCCCAACUCUUCCUCCCCUCUCAUCCCCCUGUGGAGUGUUGGGUCUCACCCUCCGGGGAGGAGUUGGGGGAGAGGCUGAAGCCCCCCUUUGGCACUGGAUGGACUUGGAUUCAGACUCGGACUUGGAAUGCUGCCCGGUUGCCAUGGAGAUCUGAAGGGGAGGGGUUGGAGGCAAGCUGCACAAUUUAAUAUAUUCAAGAGUGGGGGGGAGGAAGCAGAGGUCUUCAGGGCUCUUUUUUUGGGGGGUGUCUCUUCCUGUCUGGCUUCUAGAGAAGAACCUGUGGGAGGGGGAGGAAGUUGGCUGAGCCGCUGAGUUGGGGGAAGGCCAUCCAAGAUGGCAUGAACCAGGCUAAGGUGUGUUGGGGUGCAGAUGGUCCUGCUGAGGUUCAGGGCUUAGGGUGAGCAUCUUGCAAGCCUCAGCCUUGAGGAAGGGGCUGGGCUAGAAAGACCGCUGGCAGAAACAGGAGGCUCCAGCCCCACAGGCUUCCCCCAAGGCCCCUCGCCCCCUCCCCAUCCCCAGAGAAGCACUGCCCCAAUGGCAUUGAAGUGGCCUUUCCUCAGCGGAGGGGUUUGGGAGUCAGGCCUGGGCAGGACCCUGCUGACUUAACGGUGCUGGAGCUGGGCGCCGGGCUCUCUGGGCCUUUCUCUGGCUUCCUUGGCUUGCCUGGUGGGGGAGGGGGAGGAGAGGAUGGAGGAGAGGGAGGAGUCUUCCAAGGCCAGAGGGAGGGGGACGACCCCCCAGACAAUCCCUGAAGAUCAGCCUCCCCUUCCUCUCCCUGUUAGAAACAUUAGUGCACCCCCACUGUCCCCCAAGUUCUAGGCCCUCCAGAAAGUUGCUGGAGCGGGCCCCCCUCUCCGGGGGAUGCUCUUUCUAAAUAUUGGAUGGGUUUGGGAGUGAGGGGUUACCUCCCUUGCCCCAAGGUUCCAGAGGCCCUGGGUAGGAUGAGCUUGGGCUGAGCCUUGAGGAAGUCCAGGACGAGGCCGACGUCUGGCUUUCGUGGACGGCCAGGGCUCACUCGGGCUCUCUCGAGCUCCCCAGUUCUGCCCUCCUCCUCCCUCCCAGCUGCACUUUAACUCUAGAUGGGUGGGGACCUGGGGGGAGGGGCAGGGCAGGUGAAGAAAGCCCCUCUGUGCCCAGAACUGCCUGCGUCUGCUCUUCUGUGCCAGCCCACUGCCUCCUGCCUGGGGUGUCCCGGCCCUCCUGGCUGUUGCGACUCGGGCUUCUGGAGCGUCUCACCAUUGGACAGUCUCCCUGAUGGACCCUCAGUCUUCUCAUGAAUAAAUUCCUUCAACGCCUGUG